GAUAACCUAAUUUUAUUUUGUUGAAUAAUAUCUGGUCAUCACCUCCCACCAAACCUCAAGUAAUGUUCAUUCCCCUGCCUUGCUGAUUUGAUUUUCUUUUUCCGUGAACUCUGACCUCAUUUUUCCAGUAAAACAGAAAAAAAAAAAAAAAGAUAUGCAGUUUUCUUUUGGAAUGAAAAUGUAAACAAGAACAAGAAAAAACCAAAAUUAUUGACGAAGAUCGAACAACAAAAGCAUAUACAGAACAUUUGGGACGCUAGAUGUUACAAGACUGAUCACGAGAAAAUUUUGAGAUACAUAGAAAACCAAUAUUGUUUCAAAGGAGACGCAUAAUAAAGAUCGAAGGACGAUGAAUAAUCUAUUAGGUCUCCUUCGUAUUCGUAUCAAGCGAGGUGUCAAUCUGGCCAUCCGCGAUCUCAACAGUAGCGAUCCUUACGUCGUCGUCAAAAUGGGAAAACAGAAAUUGAAGACUCGAGUGAUUUACAAUGACGUGAAUCCAGAGUGGAACGAAGAUUUGACUCUCUCAAUAACAGAUCCCAAUCUUACUGUCCUCUUGACGGUGUAUGAUCACGACACAUUCACUAAAGACGACAAGAUGGGAGAUGCAGAAUUUGAGAUUACGCCGUACGUUAAUGCAUUGAGUAUGGACUUGCACGAUCUCCCAUGUGGGACCAUUGUGACCACGAUCCAGCCUAGCCGAGACAAUUGCUUAGCGGAGGCGUCUCGGGUUAUCUGGUCUGAUGGUAAACUCGUUCAGGACAUAGUCCUUAGACUGAAACAUGUCGAGUGCGGUGAGGUUGAGGUUCAACUUCAAUGGAUUGAUCUUCCUGGCUCUAAAUGUCUAGGAUUUUUUCUUGUAGGCUAUUAAUUACCAAGCUUUGGUAUGGCACUUUAGACUUGAU